AUGGGCCGCACAGCAAGUCAACGCGGGCAAGACGAGAAGCCUCGAAGGCUUUCGAAACAGCGACUUCCUUCUCAUCCCAGGAAUGUCCCCCGAGCCCAGACGUUACCCAUCAGCGUACCCACACCCGAGUCACUCGGCUACAAAAAGGCCUCCUACGACGCAGGUGGUGGCUUUCAAAGGAGUGACAUCUAUUCUCACAAUCCAAUGUCACAGACAAGUAUUGGCCCUGAAGAUUUCACGGCACUGCCGCAGGCUCCCACUCUGUUAGCCAGACGCCCAGGUUACGAUCCGACACUUCACCGGAGAAAGUCAAGCAAGAGAAAGGCCGAGGACUAUGCUCGUGAGAGGGAGGUGCGUGCCAUGAGCUCGCCAAUCCAGAACUUGAAAAGGCCAACCACAUACUCCGGGUCUGGGCCACUUCGACGAGACACCAAACAGAUUCCGGGUGAUCUAAACAGAAGAUUUCAACGACCGACGUCAGAGGUGUCCUUGCCGCUGCCGGAAACAAUCCAAGAGUCUGAAGACCUUUCCAACCAAGCGUCUUUUAAGAUCGGGAUCCUGGCAGCAUUGAGCCCCAGACCCACGCUUACGUACGUGGCAAAUCCACGGCCUUCGGCUGGAAAGCAACCAGCAAGAGUAAAACCUUCGGUGCAGCAAGCCAUAGAAGAGGAGGACCCCUCAUCGAGGAAAAGGAUAAAUGAGUUAGCGGACGAGCUCGACGCAGGAGGCUUGAGAGAGUUGAUGGAGAGGGAUCGAAAACGUAAGGAAAGGAAAAAGGAGGCCGACCGUGCCCGUUUGGAGAAGAAGCUUCAACGAAAGGCUGAUAGGCAGCGCGAGGAGGAAAUGCGUGGUCGCCGCGCAAACAAUGAUGUCCUCAUAGUCCCCGACGAGGACAUUGAAAGAAGGGGUCGUGCGCUUUUUGGUAAUGCUGGAGAAACGUCGCAAUCCGCUGUCGCACGCAAAUCCCCAAGUUCUGCGCUUCAAUCAACCGAUCCAUUUGCAGAUCCAGGAAGCCUACAAGCUCGGCCCGUGCAGCAAAUUAGAAAUCCAUUCGAAGAUGAGCAAGAUAUCGAUCUCACACAAGAAUCGUUCCUCCACGAGGGAGAUGAAGAACCCCCAGUGCCGAUCAAAUCGCCUCUUCGAACAGUUUCCGCAGCUCAAGCCAGGGCCGAGGAGAAAGCGUCUCAGGCGACUACAAUUUCCCCUCCUACCUCUCCAACGCAAGGGCCUGUUGAUCGGCAAAGUCUUUCUCAAACGAGUGGACUCGCUCGCGAAAUCACACCAGACAUUCCAGAAUAUGGAUCGCUUGAUCGACGCGCUUCGGACCAAAGCAAUCAACAGCUCAGCUCCUGGACGAGCUUUUUCAGGCGUGGAGGGAGACGAAAAGGCGGCAAUGUUGACCGUGGUCGAAGCACACCGUCCGAGUUCUCGAACACAUCACGCGAGUCGUUUGCUGCACGAAAGCAACAGCUUCCACCCGUGGUGGUUCCGCGCACGUUUAGAAAAUCCGACUCCUCUUCGGUGCCACGAAGAACCAUGUCCAAGUUCCGCGAGGAUCUGCCCGAACUUCCCAUUUCGCCUCCAGACUCUCGUGUUCAGUCCCCAGAAGUGAUGGCUAGCCCACAAGCAGCUCAGGGAUCUAGGCAACCGCGACACUCGGUAUCAGGGACUUUGGACAAUCGAAGUCUAGCCACCAGUUCGAGUAAUGCAGCACUGGAUCAUGCGGCAGCGGAAGGUCGCCAUCCUCAAGGUGGUGACAUUGAGAUGGGCGGGACCGCCUCGGGCGCGGGCUUGUCCCAAUCCCUGGCUUCUGUUGACUCGGAAGGGUCUUGGCUAUCAGGAAAGCCUCCCAAGAGGCUCUCAGGCGGUAUGGGGCACCCACUCCGACAAAGCCAGUCCUCGAUUCCUCCGCAAUCAAUUCCUGGGUCUUUCGAACCAGAAGACGACGACCUCGCCAACGACGAAUACCUAAACAAGUUGUCCCGGGGCCCAAGUGGGCGUCGAGAUUCGGUGGCUUCUGCGGGGCGCAGAGCAAGCAGUAAUGUCAUCGAUCUAGAGCGGGAGCGCCAGCAAAGCCCCGUUCCCGACAUGCCUCACAUGCCAGCUGCCCAAGGUGCGGACGAGAGAUGGCACGCCGGGAUCGCCCGCCAAGCCACCGUGGUUCGGCAACCCACUCGAGCAAGGUCGAAGGAAGGAUUGCUCAAGGAGACAGGCAAGGACGAUUUGGACGUAUCUCGAAAAGCUAGCUCGGAUGUGGAGGACGAAGGCGAACUUGCAGAAGGCGAACCUGGGGGAGUGGAAACACAGGAACCUACACUCCUACGCGCCAGAAGCGUGGACUACAAAGGCCAUGCGAAGCAUAUCAGUGCUGGCAGCGCAAGGUUACUGGACAUUCGACGAUCCUCAACCCAGUCGGAGAGUGCACCCCGAAGUGCCAGCGUUUCUCAGAGUGUACCACCACCACAGCGAGAGCAGCUUCCAUUACCACCGCCAGAGUGA